CUGUCAGUGCUGUCACGAUACGGAACGGAUCGGUAUCGAGGAUUUUGCCGCAAUGGGAGACUCUGCUGCCGACGCAAUCAAGGAUCUUAACAUAAACGACAAGUCAAAAACUAAAGCGAUGAAGGAAAAAAAGAAGAAAACCGAGGACUCUGGCGGUGUCUCUGAGCUCAACCCGUGGCCGGAGUUCAUACAAAAGAGGAUCACCCUGUGGGACAAAUACAAAGUGCAGUAUGCUGAGGAGUUGGCCAAGAAACCGGAUCUCAGUAUUGUCGUUACAUUGCCGGAUGGAAAGACGGUUGAGGCUAAAGCGUGGAGGACUACGCCCUAUGAUGUGGCCAAGGGAAUCAGCCAAGGCCUGGCGGACUCCACCAUCAUCGCUCGGGUGAACAAUGAUCUGUGGGACCUGGACAGACCGCUGGAAUGGGACUGCAAGCUGGAACUCCUCCGCUGGGACAACACGGAUGCGCAGGCUGUGUUCUGGCACUCUUCGGCACAUAUGCUGGGCGAGGCUAUGGAAAGGGUAUACGGCGGCUGCUUGUGUUACGGCCCGCCCAUCGAAGAGGGAUUUUACUACGACAUGUAUUAUCCCGAGAAAGGAAUAUCAUCCACAGACUUCCACGUGCUGGAAGGCCUGGUAAAGAAGAUCGCCAAAGAAAAGCAGCCGUUUGAACGGCUGGAGCUGACCAAGGAACAACUGCUUGAGAUGUUCGACUAUAACCAGUUUAAAGUCCGGAUCCUGAAAGAGAAGGUGAACACCCCUACCACGACUGUGUACCGCUGCGGGCCGCUCGUCGACCUGUGCCGCGGACCGCACGUCAGGCACACGGGCAAGGUCAAGGCCGUCAAGGUCACUAAGAACUCGGCAACGUAUUGGGAAGGCAAAGCUGACGCGGAAAGCCUUCAGCGUAUCUACGGCGUGUCGUUCCCUGAACCGAAACAACUUAAAGAGUGGGAAACCAUUCAGGAAGAGGCCGCAAAAAGGGACCACAGGAAAAUAGGCAGGGAGCAAGAGUUGUAUUUCUUCCACGAGCUAUCACCAGGUUCCUGCUUCUUCCAACCUCGCGGCGCACACAUAUACAACACGCUUGUCAACUUUAUACGCGAACAGUACAGGAUCCGAGGAUUCCAAGAGGUAGUGACGCCGAAUAUCUACAACGCUAAGUUGUGGCAGACAUCUGGCCACUGGGCGCACUACGCCGAGAACAUGUUCUCGUUCGAUGUGGAAAAGGAGACCUUCGCUCUGAAGCCCAUGAACUGUCCCGGCCAUUGCCUCAUGUUCGACAACCGCACCCGCUCGUGGCGCGAGCUGCCGCUCCGGAUGGCCGACUUCGGUGUUCUGCACCGCAACGAGCUCAGUGGCGCCCUCACCGGCCUAACGAGGGUUCGAAGGUUCCAGCAGGACGACGCGCACAUAUUCUGCGCACAACAACACAUUGAGAAGGAGAUGGUAAGCUGCCUAGAGUUCCUGGAGGCGGUGUACUCGACGUUCGGGUUCACGUUCCAGCUGAAGCUGUCCACGCGCCCGGAGAAGUACCUAGGGGACCUAGCCUCCUGGAACGAGGCCGAAAAGGCGUUAGAAGACUCCUUGAACAAAUUCGGCAAGCCGUGGCAACUGAACCCGGGUGACGGGGCGUUCUACGGCCCCAAGAUCGACAUCACUAUACAAGAUGCCUUGAGGAGAUCCCACCAAUGUGCGACCAUACAGCUGGACUUCCAACUACCUGAGAGAUUCAACCUGAGCUACAUCAGUGAGAGUGGCGAAAAGAAACGGCCGGUGAUCAUCCACCGCGCGAUCCUCGGCUCCGUUGAGCGGAUGGUCGCCAUCUUGAGCGAGUCUUACGCCGGCAAGUGGCCGUUCUGGCUCAGUCCGCGGCAAGUCUGCAUCGUGCCCGUCGGUCCCGCGUUCGAUGACUACGCCAUCAAGGUGAACGAGCAGCUAUACGCCGCCGGGUUCAUGUCGGAGGCCGACACGGACGCGGGCGACACGCUCAACAAGAAAGUGCGGAACGCUCAGCUCGCGCAAUUCAACUACAUCCUAGUUGUAGGCGAACGCGAAAAAUCCUCGGGCACCGUGAACGUGCGCACUCGAGAUAACAAGGUCCACGGCGAGAUGUCCAUCGAGGCACUCAUAGAACACUUCAACACCCUCGUCAAGGACAAGACGUUGGCUGAAGACAGCCAGCUACUCAAGUAAUAUGUGACUUUU